AUGGGCGACAAGCCCCCCGGGCUCCGGGGCUCUCGGGGAUGGAUCGGCUGUGUAGAGGCCAGCCUCUGCCUCGACCACUUCGGGGGUCCCCAAGGGUGCCCAUGUCACGUGCCCCGUGGAGCAGCGCUUCUGGGGGAACUGGAGAGGCUCUGUUCCCACUUGGCAGGGGCCUGGGGGGGGCCUGUAAUGGUUGGAGGGGAUGCGGAUGCCCAGUCAGAGGCGUUGCUUGGCCCAGGCACGGAAGCCUACGUCCUGGUAUUGGACCCUCACUGCUGGGGUGAUCCGAAAAACCCCCGUGAACUACAGGCUGCUGGGUGGGUGGGCUGGCGAGAGGUAAGCUCAGCCUUUGACUCCAACUCCUUCUACAACCUGUGCUUGACCAGCUGUGACUCGGAAAGGCAGCUGCCCUCCCUGGAUUGA